AUGAUUGAACUGGUAAAUAACAAGAAUAUAGAUCUGGCUGAGGUUAGGAAUUUAGGUAAAAGAAAGCAAGAUGAUAUAAAUAAUGAAUCAGAUGAAUAUAAUAACAAAGAUGAUGAGAUAAAUCAAGUAACUGCUAUAAGAAGACCAAAAAAAUGGAAUAAAGCAUGUGAUUUGCAAUUACAAAAAGUUAAAGAUAAUUUGAAUAGACAAAGCUGA